AUCGGAAGAGCGUUCAGUCAUCAAUUAACAAUACGCUCGCAAAGUUAAAUUGGAAUUUGGACGGUACGAGUGCCCGACGAUGAAUUCAGCAAUUUUGUUCGUUGCUCUUAGCUUUCUUCAAGUUUGUUUUGCGUAUUAUAGGGGUCAAUAUGUCCCGAAAUCUUUUUACGUGAUCGACAAAUUUGGCCACCAGUCCGACGUCGUAUUUAUCAGGAACAGGAGGGACAUCAUGGACCAUUUGCCGAGGGUAAGGAGAGGCGACAGCUACGCCUCAGCAUCGUCCCAUGCCAGUGCUUCGGCAUCGUCGAGCAGUAGCGCCAAUGCGGGUGGCGGCGGAGGGUACAAUCCAGGAGCUUACGGCUACAAUCCUCAGAUAGUAGAGCCCAACGAUAUCUUAAACCCUCUACAAGACAUCAUUCAUUUUGUAGGAAACCACGCGGGCGGGGGCGGGGGAGGUAGGGGUAAUCAGGCUUUCGCGAGCUCGAGUUCCAGCGCGUCGUCUGGAGGAUCGGGACAAGGUUACGGGACAGGACACAGCGGAUUAGGGUCUGGACAGCAGGCGGGAUAUCAAGGGCCCGUACUAUUUUCACGAUUCGGCGAGUCAGAGGGCACCGGAGUUCACGUAUCCGGCCAAGCUCAAGGUCAAAGAGGCGCCUUUUCCUCAAGUUCAUCGUCGAUCGACGAUAAGGGGAAAAUCAAGUACUCCGUUCAAUCGGGCAAAUAUUAAUUUUUUUGAUUCCAAUUAUUUUUUACUAAAAAAUGUGAUACGAGUAAGAUAAAUGUAAUAUAGUUUAUUUGGACAA